AUGGAGCAGAAAGGCAUGAAGAAUAAGAAGAUGAUGAUGAUGAAUGGAGGAGUGAGAAAAGGUGCCUGGACUAAGGAAGAAGACGACCUUCUCAAAAACUGCAUUCGCAACUAUGGUGAAGGCAAAUGGCACCAAGUCCCUUUCAGAGCUGGGUUGAACAGAUGUCGGAAGAGUUGCAGGCUUCGAUGGCUGAAUUAUCUUCGACCUAACAUCAAAAGAGGGUUUUUUACCAAUGAUGAAGUCGAUCUCAUUGUAAGGCUUCAUAAGCUGCUCGGCAACAGGUGGUCGCUGAUCGCCGGUAGACUCCCCGGCCGGACGGCCAACGACGUGAAGAACUUCUGGAACACUCACGUCGAGAAGAAGUCCGUCCAUGGCGGAUGCAGAUCACGGCAAACAAAGACACCCACCCCCACUACCAUCGCCCGCCCUCGCCCUCGGACCUUCCCCAGAAUGCCGGCGCCGCCGCCGGAAAAAGGAUGUCCGCGGAGGGGCGAGGAAGGUGGGAGGCCGCCUGGGAAUUGGAAGAAGCCCGGACCGCUGUCACGUGACCUGCACGAGCCGAUGUCGCCCGUCCCGACGACCGACGGCGAUGUGGGCGCCGGCGCCGGCGAAGAUGGUGACCGGAUCCGGUGGUGGAGCAGCUUGCUGGAAAUGGAUGAGAUUGGGGAGUUGGGAAGCGGUGUGUUGACGCUGUCGGACGGCGGCGGAGUGGAUAUUCCGGACGGCGGGGAAAUGGAGGUUCCGACGGCGUCGCCGGAGAUGUUGGGUGUUGCUGAAGAUGAUGAGACUGGAUCAUUCAUCGGCGAUCUGUCCAUUGAUGAUGUUGACUUUUGGGAUCUGUAGGGU